AUGGCGGCGUCAAAAGCCUACCGGAUCACUUUCGUGCUCCUACUCGCCUUUCUCUCGAUAUCCACCGCCUUUGCAGCGGAAGACCUCGCCCCGCAUUUUGAGAAUAAGCCUCGAAAGGGCCUCUUCAGGGUGAAAAUCCGUCUCGGCGACAAGCCAUCGCACCCCAUCCGCGGAUUGACGGAAAAAAACUCCGCUAACGCGGCUCCGUCAACCUCCACCCAAUCGCAUCUCUCCUCGCUGCUCGCGUCGACCACCUCAGCCGUCCGACGGAUUCUCCACGGCACGAUGAUCGGCCACGACUCGCCCACAUCCGGCGCCGCAACUGCCGGCCGCCACCACAACUCGCGCCUCCUGCAGGACCUCGCGAACACGCGCAUCGCGACGACUCGCGCCGCUGGAAAACAUCCCGCGGGCGUGGGGCACCACGGCGCGGGGAAGGGUCACCACGCGAGCGCCGUGGGGCACCACGGCGCGGGGACGGGUCACCACGCGAGGGCCGUGGGGCACCACGACGCGGCGGUGGGGCACCACGGCGCGGGCAAGGGCGGACACGCGGUCGGGGAGAAUGUGGGCAAGAUGAUCGGACACCACCCGUUCGGGACGGGCCACCACUUGAAGCCCGGUCAGCUGUGCCUCGGGAACCAAUCGGUGUGCGACGCCUGGAAGGGGACUGCCGAGAACUUCGACACCUGCUGCGGGCGCGCCUGCCGCAAUUUGCAAUUCGACAACUUCCACUGCGGCUCGUGCAUGACCCCGUGCAGCGGCUCGCUGGAGUGCUGCCACGGCAACUGCACCGACACGAAGACCGACCCGAAUAACUGCGGCAAGUGCAACCAAGUGUGCCUCGGCGGGGCCAAGUGCGUCGCAGGCGUGUGUGAAACGUACGGAGGCGCUGUGCCGUCCGGCGAGAGAAGAUAG